GACUCGGCGAGGACAUUAUGCAGAUUGCUCGCAUCGGAGAGAUCUCAGUCAUGCAGAAAUUAUUUGAUGAGGAAAAAUUCAGAGCUGACUACAAGGAUGAGGAAGGAAUCACCCCAUUACAUGUAUGUUCUAUAUUGCUCAAGAAUGCGGCACAAAUCCCACGUCGUGCAGUUCCUACUGCCUAGUCCUCAUUGCGUCAUAAUUUGCUGACCGACAUUGUGUCUUUUCACUUCAGUGGGCUGCUAUAAACAAUCAAUAUGCUAUGUGCAAAUUCCUUCUUGAUUCUGGUGCCGAUGUUAAUGCCAAGGGGGGAG